AUGCUACGCAGAAUAGGGAAGUGUCUCUCCCGGCCGCAAGGUUGCUGGAUCGGGGCUUGCCCAGCACACGCCUUCCCUCUGCGCGUCGCUAGGGCGUCGUACGCCACGCUGGACCCUGACGGCAGCGCCACCAAGAUCAAGCUGCGAAGUUACCAGCUCGAAUGUAUCAAGUCUGUUCUCUCGGCUCUCAAGAGCGGACACAAGCGAGUUGGGAUCUCGCUAGCCACGGGCAGUGAGAAGAUCCAGAAGAAUGUCAAGGGUGGGGACAAGACCCUCAUCCUAGCUCACCGUCGAGAACUAGUCGAGCAGGCAGCUCGGCACUGUGAGGCCAACUACCCGGGCCAGAGGAUCGAGAUCGAGAUGGGCUCCCUGCACGCGACGGGCACAGCCGACAUCACCAUUGCCAGCGUGCAGAGCAUCAACUCCAAGGACCGGCUGGACAAGUACGACCCGGACAGCUUCAAGCUGGUCCUGGUAGACGAGGCGCACCACAUCGUCGCCCCCGGCUACCUGCGGGUGCUGAGCCACUUUGGCCUGGACGAGAAGCAGGAGAGCUCCCCGGCCUUGGUGGGUGUGUCUGCUACUUUUUCCCGGUUCGACGGUGUCAAGCUCGGCGCUGUUAUCGACGAGAUCGUCUACCACAAGGACUACGUCGACAUGAUCUCGGAAAAGUGGCUGUCCGACGUCAUCUUCACCACGGUCGAGUCGACGGCCAACCUGUCCAAGGUGAAGAGCAGCUCGUUUGGCGACUUCCAGACGGGCGAGCUGUCCCGGGCCGUCAACACGGACUCCAUCAACGACAUUACCGUCCGGAGCUGGAUGGCCAAAGCCCCCGACAGGAAGUCGACCCUCGUCUUCUGCGUCGAUCUCGCCCACGUCGCCGGCCUGACGCAAAAGUUUCGCGAGUACGGCUACGAUGCGCGCUUCGUCACGGGCGAGACCCACCGCGUCGAGAGGGGCGAGAUCCUCGAGUCCUUCAAGAAGGGGGAAUUCCCCGUCCUCGUCAACUGCGGCGUCUUCACAGAGGGCACCGACGUGCCGAACAUCGACUGCAUCGUCCUCGGGCGGCCGACGCGGUCCCGCAACCUUCUCGUCCAGAUGAUUGGUAGGGGGAUGCGCCUGCAUCCGGGCAAGAAGAACUGCCACAUCAUCGACCUCGUAUCUAGCCUAGAUACGGGCAUCGUCACCACGCCCACACUGUUCGGCCUCGAUCCCAACGAGCUGGUCAACGAGGCCACGGUCAAGGACUUGGAGUACCUCAAAGGCACGAAAGCAGCCGAGGAGGAGAGCAGGAAGCUGGCCUACGCCAGAGGCCAGGGCCCCCGUGUCAACUCGGCCGCCGCCGUCACCUUUACCGACUACUCGUCCGUCCUGGACCUCAUCGCUGACACGAGCGGCGAGCGUCAUAUCAGGGCUAUAAGCGACUACGCUUGGGUGCAGAUCGGCUCGGAACGCUUCGUCCUGUCCGCCCCCAGCGGGUCCUACAUCCGGAUCGAGAGGGUCGGCACCGCUGCUGGCCAACCCGAGGCUCCGAGGGUAACAGGCGGGGCCGACUCGGCGCCCGUGUACAGAGCCGUCGAGGUCCGAGCUCUACCCCCGGGAGCGUCCAGGUCCCCGUUCGCCGCGCCCCGCGAGAUCCUCACGGCCUCGACGUUUGCCGACGCCGUCCACGGAGCAGACAGCUACGCUGCCAACGCAUUCCCCCACACCUUUAUCCACAGAUACCAGUCCUGGCGGAAACUACCACCGACACAAGGCCAGCUCGACUUUAUCAACAAGCUGCGCGGCACGGCACGGCCCGUCAAGGUUGCCGACCUUACCAAGGGUAAAGCAGCGGACAUGAUUACCAAGUUGAAACACGGUGCCCGUGGGCGGUUUGCAAAACUCGAAGCCGAGCAGCGACGCAGGGAGAAGCAAGGCUCCGCGGCUGAUGCUAGGGGUUCAAGAGAGAGGGUGAGAGUUGGACCUGUCGGGGCAUAG